AUUGCAGGACUGUCUGUGGGAGGGCGUCGGGAGCCGGCGACCCCACAGUCGCCCCCGAGGGCGGCGCGGGUGGAGAAAGAGAUCAGAGCGACGCCCUUCAAGCGCAGCAGGUCCCGGGUGUUCUACGCGUCACAGUCAGAGUCUUGGGACGCCAACGACAACACGAAAGACAAAUCAGUGCGCAGAGACCUGAGUUUCAGUCCACCUUGUGUGCCCACCAGCGUGGAGACCCACGACGCCAGGACCACGCCCACCUCUAAAGCCAUCAACAUCUCCAGAAGUACACCUACCUCUAGGACCACGUCCCCACCUAAAACCACGCCCACCUCUAAAACUACGCCCAUCUCUAAAAUUACGCCCACAGCCAGAAUCACGCCUCUACAUAAGAUCAGCCCGACGUACAAAGAUAAUUGUAAGCCUGGUAGAGACGCCCCCAGGAGCGAGAUAUGUGAGCCCGCCAUCCUGGAGGUGGGGGAGGAAGCCUUUAGCUCAGGGGAAGAGGCUGGGGAAGGUGAGGUGUCACCUGGGGGUUCCUUCCGUGGGUCUUUGCGGGGAUCCCCGUCACACCGCUCGCAGGACUCCGGGUACUCAGACUCCGGGGAGUCCACCAACGCUCACAACGACAGUGACGGCUCCCCCACCACGCCCCUCAACGUGAAGCACAUCACGCGGGUCUACUUCGGAGACAGUCCCGAAGAAGCUGGUCUGUACAAUGACAAGAUCGUCUGUUCGCCAGAGGUCACAGCAGGUCAGGUCAGUUCCUCCAGCGGCAGUCCCAGCAGCCUCAGCUCGGCGAGAAAGAGUCCCACUAGCGUCCACACCAGCCCCGGCAACCACUGUGCCGGGAGCCUCGAGGAACUCUCUGAGGAGCUGGAGCACAAGAGCGUCCUGGAAGCUGCUGCCAGGCGCACUGGCGCUGUCAGAAAGCGCAGUACUAACACCCCUGCAAGCACCGGGGUGAACAGACGACCACAGCGCCGCAGCAACAGCACAGACAAACUACAAGCAGACCACAGACUCGAUAACCGACGACCAACACCACUGAAGGCCAGGCGCCGCUGGUCAGCUGCCGACCUACAGCAGCAGCACCAACAGUCAGGGAAGCAGCGGAAACAGCUUCCUCCGGCUGACCAGCAGCCCCCGGCCUGCACCUCCCGCAGCACCAGCACCAAUGACCUGCCCCGUGGCCACCAAGUGGGCGUAGCGGCCAGGGUGGGCGGUGCGUGGUCCCUGGACGCCCUCGACGACCCUGUUCCUGCGUGGAGGGUGGCCGGUGAAGUCUCGGCCACCCUGCCACGCCCACACCACGCCCGCAGGAUCAGGAUACACCCAGCUGCCAUCGCCAAGGAGAUGAGGAACGGGUCGGUGGGGCAGUGGCUGAAGGAGUUGAGUGUCUUGUAUGAGUCUGAGUGUAUGAAUACCCUUCAGUCCAAGUCUCUGCCGGGAGAGUGUGGCCGCCGCCCCGCUACCUCCACCAGCACCUCCUCCUCCACCCGCCACGCCGUCAGGGCCAUCCAGCGAAGGGCUCACGCCGUCUCCACCGAGUUCGCCAGACUGUGCCAGCGGCUGGAGUGGUUGGAGCUGCGUCAGGUGCCGGCCCUGGCCGGGUCUCUUGUGGGCCACAUCAACAACUUCCUCAGAGACUAUACCACCCAGUGGACCUCCGCUGACCCCGACCUCCAGCCCCAGUCGUCCCUGGGUCGUCAGAGUAAGGUGAUUCAUCAGAUCUGUGAACGACUGACGGAGGUGUGUAGCAACGACCCCGACGGCGACGACGACCUCGACCACAACACGACCCGCCAGGUGGUGCAGGUGGUGACGGCGCUGGGUCACGCCUUCACCAAGCUGGUGGACCUCAUGCUGAGCCGUGAGAUUAAG